AUGUAUAAAACAAUUGAAAUCGCAGGAUAUUUUCCAAAUCAAAAUUCAAUUCCUCAACUUGAUUCAGAAAUAGAAUAUCUCAAUACAUUGGGAUUAUUUGAUCCCACAGAAAUUACUGAGUCUAUUCCAUCUCCAGAAGCUGAAAGAGAAUAUCUCAAAGUAUUAGAAAUAUUAGAACCUAUUUUACAAUUUCAUCAAAUAAAUAUUAUUAGUUUGGGAUGUAAAUUAUUAGAUGAUUAUUAUCAA